GACAAGACAAGUAGACAGUGUCCAAAGUCCACUGUCAGCUGAGGGCUGAAACUCCACCGUGCUCACUGUCCGCUGGAGUCACAAGUCCAUUUUAAAAUAUUUUCACCUCAAACAUGAUGGAGAUUCCAGUAUUUACAGUGGACGCCUUCACACAUUUACCAUUCAAGGGAAACCCUGCAGCAGUAUGUCCACUAAUGCAUGAGCUGAGUGAUGAGUUGUAUCAGAAAAUAGCAGCAGAGAUGAACCUGUCAGAAACAGUUUUCAUCACCACAAUCAACCCCUCUGACAAUUUCUCUACAGGAUCAAGGUUCCGUCUCAGAUGGUUUACACCGACCACUGAAGUGAAUCUGUGUGGUCACGCUACCCUGGCCUCUGCUGCAGUGCUGUUCCAGCAUAAGAAGAAUGUGAAUCCUGUACUGGUGUUUGAGACCAGGAGUGGAGAUCUGGCGGUCACCAAGCAGAGGGAGGGCUACGUCAUGGACUUUCCUCUCAACCCCCCCACGCAGGAGGAUCCCAGUGAGUUCAGAGACAUCAUCAAGGCAGCAGUUGGAAACCACCCAGUUCAGGAUGUUUAUCUGAGCGACAACACUAAGAAACUGAUGGUUCGACUGGCUGACAGCUAUGACAGGUCAGUGUUAACCCAUCUGAAAGUCGACCCCGCCACUCUGCAGAGCAGUGAGAGGAGUGGAAGAGUCAAAGGACUCAUUCUCACUAUGAAAGGGUCUCCAGACUGCCAGCCAGGAUACGACUUCUACUCCAGAUACUUUGCUCCAUGGAAUGGAAUCCCAGAGGAUCCCGUCACUGGUUCUGCUCACACCGUCCUCGGUAGCUACUGGUCUAAGAAACUGGGGAAGAAGAAAAUGCUGGCUUACCAGUGCUCCAGUCGAGGUGGGGAGCUGGAACUGGAAGUAAGAGACGAUGGGAGAAUCAACAUAGCUGGACAAGCCGUCACUGUUCUGCAGGGAACCAUCACACUGUAGUUACACACACGCAAGCAAAGAGGGUUUGAGAUGCAGUCAACUUGUUCCUGUGCAUAGAAGAGGACACAGGCAACAAAAUAUAAGAAAGAAAGAUCAUCACACACUUUGUUAUGAUUUUUAUUAUUUAUUCAUAUAUCAGAGUAGAAGAAAUUACAAUAUUACACAAAAACAGAAAAACGGAUCAAUCACAGUUAGCCAGGUCACCAGGAAGGUACCUGAAACAUUUUGCUCAUUGUAUUAUUCAAAUUAUUCCCAUAAAUUGUAUUUUUUCCUACUAAAGCAGAGACUGUUCAGGUGUUCAUAUUAUGGAGUACCUACUAGAAUAAUUCAGUCUCUGUGCAGCUUUAGAUCUGCGUUACACAAAGGAAUUGAAAUAAAUAACUCACAUUCUUGGCUUUACUUCAGUAUUUGCUGUUACUGACAAUAUGAUUCCACAAAUGUUCCUUCUAAAUGAGAAAUCAUUUUUAGAACAGUUUGUUGUUUCUAUGUUUCUGCAGUUGACUGGUGAAGCUCAUUCACAUAAUAUAAGAUUAGUUCAAGUAUGUAUGAGGUCCAGUGUUCAACAGUCUAUACACUAAAUAAAAAAAUAUACACUG